UUUUUUUUUUUUUUUUUUUUUUUACUUUUCUUAUAAUGACAAAGACUGUUUCGACUUUACUCAAGAAAAAGAAAUACUUCACUCCACUUCCUUCACUCCAAGUCUUGUCUCGACCCCCUCAUGCCAGAUCUGAAGUGACAGUUUAUGUCAAGGGAUUCUUAGCUGAAGGUGACUUACCCGAUAACUUUGGUGAUUGGAUGCACUCGCAUCGUCUGUUGGUACUUUCUCAAACACACAAAUGGGGUUCCUCGGCUCUAGGGUAAAUUUAGUAGUCGAAAAGAAGGCGCACUUAUUCAUUUCUGUAGUUAUUCUUGGCCUUCUGGCACUUCAUUAUCGCAUGUUCCGAUCCCAAUUGCUUCUUUUGGAUCUACUGCGUAUCUUUUAGCUAGAAAUUUUAGACAGUUGAAGAAUUUAAAGUUACCGACACCUGCUUCCAUUGCAGGUGCCUUAGUAGUCGAUAUUGGUCUUCAUGCAUCUCGCCUGGCCUACCAGUUUAAUAUAGCUAAUCACACGAGCCAUGAUCGUGCUGAAAUGUUGGCUUGGCGUUUAUUAGACUUGAGAAAGAAAUAUGAUUAUUUGCGAGUGGUAGGACAUUCACUAGGUUGCCGACAUAUUGUAGAAGCAUGUUCUCUUAUGGACGCUAAUGAAAGG